AUGGGUGCCUCAUAUGGCUACCACAAGUCGCUGGCAUCGUUUCUCAGGCUACUGGUCAAACCAAGGCUCCACUUAAACCCCAAACCAGAUGAAGUGGCUCUGGUUCCAUCGCGGGAUGACGGCCGGACUAUCAAAACACACAUCUACAAACCCACCAGCCCCGGUCCCACCCCUGUUGUGAUAAACUUCUGUGGAAGCGGCUUCGUCCUCGGCACAUUUGGUAACGACGACGAAUACUGCCGCUACGUCACCGACAAAGCAAACUACACUGUCAUAGACGUGCAGUACCGUCUCGCCCCGGAACACCCCUUCCCAGCCGCCUUCCACGAUGCCGAAGACGUAGUGACUUGGGUGCGCACGCAACCCGAGCGCUUCGACCUCUCACUCGUCUCGCUGUCCGGAUUCAGCGCAGGCGCCAACAUCGCCCUGGCAGUAUCAUGUUCAUCCGAGAAAUUCCCCGUGGGCGAGAACAACUUCUUCAACAGCGUCGUCUCCUUCUACGGACCAAUGGACAUGUCCCUACCCACGCCCGAAAAACCACAAGCCGACCGCUCGAACUGGAUUAUGCGCGACAUUUUCCCGGGGUUCUCGCACCUGUGCCACAAAUGCUUGAAUCUGGGCCGGGUCGACCCCAAGGACCCGCGCAUGUCGCCCAUCAAGGCGGAUCCAAAGAACUUCCCGGCGAAUGUGCUGAUGAUCACUGCUGCGCAAGACCCGUUUGCGAUCGAGGCGGAGAAGUUGUCGGAUGUGCUGAACAACACUGAAGGGAAGUACUCGUUUUGUCAAAGGAUGGAGAAUUGCGCACACGGGUGGGACAAGGAGGCCGUUCGUGGGUCGUCGCAGUGUGAAGCAAAGAUGGAGGCUUAUGAUCUAGCGGUGGAGGUGUUGAAGCGGAGGGUCCCAGUGCAGAGCGCUGAAGUUAAUGUUUAG